AUGUUUAAAGAAAGAGCAUCGAGGAGAUUUUAUAGAGUGGAUAGUUCCCAUGAUUUUGGCAGUAUUAUGGAUCAUGGUCAAACUGCUAGUUUUCAAAAUAGAUGGACUUUUGAAGCUGCCUGGGAAGUGUGCAAUAAAGUUGGAGGAAUAUAUACAGUUAUCAGAUCGAAAGCUUUCGUAUCAACUGAAGAAAUGGGUGAUCAGUAUGUUUUACUCGGCCCAUACAAAGAAAGAAGUGCUAGAACUGAAGUAGAAGAAACUGAAUUUCCAAUGAAUCAACCUUUAAAUCAGGCAGUUAAUAAUUUAAGAGAAAUGGGUUAUAAGAUUGUUACCGGUACAUGGCUUGUCGAUGGAAACCCUCAAGUUAUUCUGUUUGAUAUUGGAUCUGGAGCUUGGAAAUUGGAUGAGUUUAAACAAGAACUGUGGGAAAAAUCAAAUUUAGGUAUACCUCAUCCAGAUAUCGAAGCUAAUGAUGCUGUUAUUUUUGGGUUCAUGGUUUGUGAGUUCCUUACAGAGUUUCAAAAAUUAGCUGAAAAACAUCAUGAUCAACCACCGCGUAUAGUCGCUCAUUUUCACGAAUGGCAAGCUGGAAUAGGACUUAUCGCUUUGAGAAUUAGACAGGUCGAAUUGGCGACAGUUUUUACAACGCAUGCAACACUUUUAGGUCGUUAUUUGUGCGCUGGUAAUACGGAUUUUUACAAUAAUUUGGAUAAGUUUAAUGUCGAUGAAGAAGCAGGACGGAGGCAAAUUUAUCAUAGGUAUUGCGUCGAAAGAGCAGCAACUCAUUUAGCAAAUAUAUUUACGACAGUUUCCGAAAUAACAGGUUUGGAAGCUGAACAUUUACUCAAGAGAAAACCAGACAUAAUCACUCCGAACGGUUUAAAUAUAAAAAAAUUUUCCGCAUUGCACGAAUUUCAAAAUCUUCACGCCAUCGCAAAGGAAAAAAUUCACGAAUUCGUACGCGGUCAUUUUUACGGUCACUACAAUUUCGAUCUCGAUAAAACUUUGUAUUUUUUCAUCGCGGGAAGGUACGAAUUUGGUAACAAAGGUGCUGAUAUUUUUAUAGAAUCUCUAGCUAGAUUAAAUCAUUAUUUGAAGAGCAACCAUUCGGAUACGACGAUAGUAGCUUUUCUUAUAUUUCCUGCGCCAACUCAAAAUUUCAACGUCGAAAGUCUUCGAGGUCACGCGGUAACUAAAAGUUUAAGAGACACGUUGCAAUUAAUUCAAAAUAAAAUUGGAAAGAGAAUGUACGAAAUAUGUUUAAGAGGUCGAAUGCCUGACGCCAACGAACUUUUAUUAAAAGAAGAUCAAGUGAAAAUAAAAUCUUGUAUUUAUGCCUUACAAAGAGAUGGUCUUCCUCCCGUGACGACACACAACGUCAUCGAUGAUUACAAGGAUCCCGUUUUGAAUGCGUUGAGAAGAUGUCGUUUGUUUAACACAAUACACGAUCGCGUUAAAGUUGUUUUUCAUCCAGAAUUUUUGUCGUCGACAAAUCCAUUGUUUGGGUUGGACUAUGAAGAAUUUGUGCGUGGAUGUCAUCUUGGAGUGUUUCCGAGUUAUUACGAACCCUGGGGCUACACGCCUGCCGAAUGUACUGUUAUGGGAAUACCGAGUAUAACAACUAACUUAUCCGGAUUUGGUUGUUUUAUGCAAGAGCAGAUUGAAGAUCCCAUGAGUUAUGGUAUUUACAUCGUUGACAGACGUCACAUAUCACUGGAAAGUUCCGUUCAACAGUUGGCACAAUUUAUGUAUGAUUUUUCAAGAUUAAACAGGAGGCAAAGAAUAAUCCAGAGAAACAGAACCGAACGAUUGAGCGAUUUGUUAGACUGGAGAAAUUUAGGAAUUUAUUAUCGACAAGCUAGAGUUCGAGCAUUGCAAGCUGUUUUUACAGACAUUACUUUCGAAGAAGAGGAAAGUAAAGGAAAGAGAUUUAAUUAUCCAAGACCCAUAUCGGAACCGCCAAGUCCAUCUAGUAGCAGGCACAGUUCCGUACACGGUUCGGAUAACGAAGAAGAUGAAGAAGAUGAAGUCGAUGACGAAAAGGAGUUACAAGAACUUGGAGUAAACGCAAAAGAAACUCAAGAAAUGAAAAUGAGCCAAAAGACUGUAUCAUGA